AUGUCUAAGAACUCAGUCAAAAGAGUGGUGAACGCAAUUCAAAAAUUUUAUCCAAUUUCAUUAGCAGACAAAUCAUGGGACAACACAGGAUUACUUGUUGAUUCCUCAUAUGAAGAACCAGAAUCAUCAACAACCCAACAAUUAAAAAUAUUAUUAACAAUAGAUUUAACUCAAUCAGUUGCUCAAGAAGCUAUAAAUAAACAAUGUAAAUUUAUAAUGUCAUAUCAUCCUUUUAUAUUUAGAGGUUUAAAAUCAAUAACUCAACAAGAUCCUCAGCAACGUUCACUUAUAAAAUUAAUUCAAAAUAAUAUUAGUGUCUAUUGUCCACAUACCGCGGUAGAUAGUGCAAAUGGUGGAGUAAAUGAUUACUUAGUUAAGAUUGUCACCGACAGCGAAAACUCAAAUAGUAGUAAACCUAUUGAACCAGAUUCAAAUGAUCCAAAAUGCGGUAUGGGUAGAAUAGUAGAGUUGCAAGAGCCUAGGUCAAUUACUAAAAUUAUAGGGAAUGUGAAAAAAGGAUUAGACUUGAGGCAUUUACAAGUUGCUAUCUCAAAUGAAGGUACAGAAAAACCGAUCAAAACUGUUGCCAUAUGUGCUGGAUCAGGAAGUGGAGUAUUCAAAGGUGUGGAAGCAGAUUUAUUUUUAACUGGAGAAUUAUCACAUCAUGAAGCUUUGUAUUUAAAAGAGAGUGGUAGUCAUGUUAUCUGUUGUAAUCAUUCAAAUACUGAACGAGGAUUUUUGAAAGUAAUACAAAAACAACUAGCUGAUGAAUUAGAUCUAAGUGAAGAAAAUAUCAUAAUAAGUGAAAGCGAUAAAGAUCCUUUUGAAACUUGGUGA